UCGAAACCCUCUUCUUGUACGCGUCGUUGAAACGCGAGGAAGAAAUCGAAAACGCCAUUUCCACCGUUAAAGCUUGAUCUCCCUCCUUCCUCCUCCCAUCGCCGGAAAAUGGCAACUGGUGGAAAAGUAUCCUUCAAAGUCACGCUGACUUCGGACCCUAAGCUCCCUUUCAAAGUAUUCAGCGUUCCGGAGGGAGCACCGUUCACGGCGGUUCUGAAAUUCGCAGCAGAGGAGUUCAAGGUUCCUCCCCAAACCAGCGCCAUCAUCACCAAUGAUGGGAUCGGGAUCAAUCCCCAACAGAGCGCAGGAAACGUGUUCCUGAAGCAUGGAUCCGAACUAAGACUCAUCCCCCGUGAUAGAGUUGGAGCUGCGUUUUGUUAUUGAUCCAAUGAAUCUUGUAAACCAAUGAGUGAAACACAGUACCAGAGACAUAUUAAAAACUUUUGACAUAUUGAAAUGGUUAUUGUACAACUUCGAAUAAAAUAUGUGUUCUUCACAUCCUUUUUUAGACAA